AUGGUGUUUUCGCUUCUUCUGGUGAAGGUGAGUGCAGAAACAGUUGAAGUGAGGCAAGCAUUGGUGCAAUUUAUGGACAACAUUUAUCCAGCGAAUGCUCGAAGAGAUGCGAGUUGGGGGUGGAAUUCGAGCUCAGACCCCUGCGAUGCACGGUGGAAAGGGGUGGGUUGUCGUGGUACUUCAUCUGUCAGGAAAAUAGUACUUGAUGAGAUCAAUCUCACUGGAAUUCUUGAUGCCAGUUCUCUGUGUGUGACGAGAUCACUUGCUGUUUUGAGCCUGAAUGACAACAAUGUUUUUGGAAAUUUGCCUGAAGAGAUAUCAAAUUGCAGUCGUCUGACACACUUGUAUCUUUCUGGAAACAAUUUCACAGGCAACCUUCCAAAAUCUCUUUCGAGGUUGAAUAACCUGAAAAGAAUUGAUAUAUCGAACAAUAGAUUCUCCGGUGCAUUGCCUGAUUUGUCAAGAAUCUCAGGCUUGUUAUCUUUCCUUGCUGAAAACAAUCAGCUCAGUGGAGAGAUACCAGAUUUUGAUUUCUCCAACCUUGUAGAGUUCAAUGUUUCUUACAACAAUUUCAGUGGACCUGUUCCUAAUGUGGAUGGUCAUUUUGGUCCAAGUAGCUUCUUGGGUAAUCCCGAAUUAUGUGGACAACCACUAUCAAUUGCAUGUCCAACUCCUCCACCUGUUCCAGCUCCAACACCAGCCAAAAAGAAGCAUUCCUCAAGCAAACAAUACCUUAUCUACUCUGGAUAUGCUAUUUUGGCCUUGAUCAUUAUAUUCUUGGUUGGCUGCAAAGUCUUCAAGAGGAAGAAGCAUGGUGCAAAGAAUUCAAUGGCAGCAGAGAAUGAAAGCAGCAAGCCUAGUAGUACUUCUAGUGAUUCAAAGAUUAGGGAAGGAAGUCGGUCAGAAUUUUCCAUAAUGUCUCCUGCGACAAGGAAAAGUUCAUCUCUAGUUGUUCUUUCAAGUCCAGUGGUCAAUGGCAUGAAAUUUGAGGAUCUGCUACGAGCACCAGCAGAAUUGGUUGGAAGAGGAAAACAUGGAACCCUCUAUAAGGUCGCACUCAAUAAUUCAGUGACCUUAGCAGUGAAAAGGAUCAAGGACUGGGAGAUUUCACGGGACGAUUUUAAGAAGAGGAUGCAGAAAAUAAAUGAAGUGAAGCAUGCGAAUGUGUUGCCUAUUGUUGCCUAUUAUUGCUCUGAGCAGGAGAAGCUCUUAGUUUACGAAUUCCAGCAGGAUGGCAGUCUCUUCAGACUCCUUAAUGGAAACCAGAAAGGUGAGAUGUUUGAUUGGGGAAGCAGAUUAAGCGUUGCAGCUAGUACUGCUAAUGCAUUAGCUCUCAUGCAUCAGGAGCUUCAGAAUGAUGGCAUUGCACACGGAAACCUUAAAUCCUCCAACAUAUUGAUGAACAAGGAUAUGGACCCCUGCAUUAGUGAGUAUGGCCUAAUGAUGGUUGAGAAUCAUGAUGAACAAUUUACUACUCAAAUUGAAAGCAUAAUGGAUGAUGAUUCACAAGGCAACAAGAAAAUCUUCAAAGCCGACAUUUAUUCCUUCGGUGUAAUUCUCCUCGAGCUGCUGACAGGCAAGCUUGUUGAGAACAGGGCAUCUGACUUGGCUAAGUGGGUACAUUCAGUGGUGAGAGAAGAAUGGACAGCUGAAGUUUUUGACAAGGCACUGAUUUCAGAAGGUGCAAGUGAAGAAAGGAUGGUUAAUUUGUUGCAGGUGGCUUUGAGGUGCAUAAAUCCUUCCUUAGAUGCAAGGCCUAGCAGCAGUCAGGUUGCUGUGAUGAUAAACUCUAUAAAAGGCGAUGAAGAGAAAUCCACAAAUACAAGCAUUGAGCUCUAA